CUUUGAAUUUACCAUUCGAUCUGCACAGUUUCAUGUCGGAACUAGAACAAUAUCUUUAUGCUCUUGACUGGAAUAACAACACGUCAGUUGUAGUCAUUACCCUGAUAUCCUAUGAGUACAGUCAGUGGCUUUCAUGAACCUUGCGGUGCGGCUGAGCGUAGUGUUAAUGUUAUCCUUCCUAGUGCUUCAAUUCGAGAAAGAGGUCACGUUUGUUUGGGAAAGACCAUGGUCGAUGAUGACGUAUCUAUACCUUGCUGUUCGAUAUCUGGGUAUCUUGGUUGCAAUGAUUUCUGCCCUCUGGGGAGGUCUAUUAUAUAUGCCUGAAGCAGUGAGUUAUGCUAUGUUUCUGUUGAUGCAAUGGGGUUUCUCUGUGUAUUUUUGCGUGGCGGAAGUCAUUCUCAUCUGGCGUCUAUACGCCCUAUACAACCAAUCCAAGGUCUUGCUUUAUGUUCUCCUGGGAUUUUUCCUACCUAUCGUCGCACUCUAUAUAGCAGUGGAUGUAUUUUUAUGGAGUCGACCCUCAGCGAUCUCAAUGCAAGAAAUAAUAACUCCAAACAUCAAGUACUGCACGGCUUUUUUCCACAUCGGGCCUAUGCCAGCAGUAUAUACUGCCAUCCCCGUCAUAUGCUAUGAUAUCUUCCUCGCUGUUCUCGCCAUUUUCGCCCUCGGGAAACACCUAAAGGAGCGGAAGGAACUUCAAAUGAAGCCUAACGCCUAUGUAGUCGUGAUCGUCCGAUAUCAUGUGAUAUACUUUGUCCUGAAUUUGGCAAAUCGAAUCUUCAUAGCGAUAUUGUGGGCCCACCUUCCGACGGUAGUGACGAAUCUCAUACUCAUGUUCAACGAUAUCGCACCGUUUAUUAUCGUCCCACGUCUUAUCAUCAGCAUUUGGGAAACGCAUGCUAACGACAACUGUGUACGUUUCAGUACGACAUUUCUGGAUUGCGUCUGUUGGACUUCGCCACAGCCAUUGCAGCAGCACGAGGCGGACUCGUGCGUAUGAUGUUGCAACUUUCGGAAGGAGAUAUCCUCCUGUCAGACUCGGACUCACG